AUGGGUUUCUCGGGAAUUUGGUUAAAUCUUUAUGUGGUGUUUGGAUCUUUAAUGGUUUUUGAGAGAAUGGUGGUGAUGAAGGCACAGCCACUGGUUCCAGCAAUUUUCAUAUUUGGUGAUUCGGUGGUUGAUGUGGGAAACAACAAUGAUAUCUACACAAUCGUCAAAGCUAAUUUCCCUCCUUAUGGAAGAGAUUUCACAACCCAUACACCCACCGGACGCUUCUGCAAUGGAAAGUUAGCUACUGACUUCACCGCUGAGAAUCUUGGGUUCAAAUCAUACCCACAAGCUUAUCUAAGCAAAAAGGCAAAAGGCAAGAACCUUUUGAUUGGAGCUAAUUUCGCCUCUGCAGCCUCUGGUUAUUACGAUGGCACAGCCAAGCUCUACAGUGCAAUAUCGUUGCCGCAACAGCUAGAACAUUACAAAGACUACAUUAGUCGAAUCCAAGAAAUCGCAACCUCAAACAACAAUUCAAACGCCAGUGCCAUAAUCUCCAAUGGCAUCUAUAUCGUCAGCGCAGGGAGCAGCGACUUCAUACAAAACUACUAUAUCAACCCUCUCCUCUACAGAGACCAAUCACCUGAUGAGUUCUCUGAUCUCCUUAUCCUCUCCUACUCCAGUUUUAUUCAGAAUUUAUAUUCGUUAGGAGCAAGAAGGAUCGGAGUGACUACACUUCCGCCCCUCGGUUGUUUACCGGCGGCCAUAACUGUAGUGGGUCCACAUGAGGGUGGAUGCUCGGAGAAGCUUAACAACGACGCAAUCUCCUUCAACAACAAACUCAAUACGACGUCACAGGAUCUCAAGAGAAACCUCAUUGGACUCAAUUUAGUCGUCUUUGAUAUCUAUCAGCCUCUCUAUGAUCUUGCCACCAGGCCAUCAGAAUUUGGAUUUGCAGAGGCAAGAAGAGCUUGUUGUGGAACAGGGUUACUAGAGACAUCAAUACUGUGCAACCCAAAAUCAGUAGGAACAUGUAACAAUGCAACUGAGUAUGUCUUUUGGGACGGAUUUCAUCCAACGGAAGCUGCUAACAAGAUUCUCGCUGACAAUCUCUUGGUCUCUGGCAUCUCUCUCAUCUCCUGA